CUUGGAGGGCUUUAGGACCAUGUCAGCAGCGCGCGUCGUGUCGUAAUGGACAGAGCGACGUACAGCACAUAACAUAAAAGACAGCAAUGGCACAGACAGGCUUUGGGCGAAGAUACUUGAAAGCGUUUGUUAGCGGUUUCUUUGUAGCCGUCCCCGUCACAGUGACUGUUUUAGAUCGUCUCGCCUAUGUAGCACGCGUGGAAGGUGCCUCCAUGCAGCCAUCUUUGAAUCCAGACGGAGGGAUGUCACCUGAUGUUGUGCUCCUUAACCGAUGGAGUGUGAGAAACUACCAGGUGCAGCGAGGAGAUAUUGUGUCACUUCUGAGCCCAAAGAAUCCUCAGCAGAAGAUCAUCAAACGAGUCAUUGGGGUUGAAGGUGACUUCAUCAAGACUCUGGGAUAUAAAAACCGUUAUGUAAGAGUUCCAGAUGGACAUCUGUGGAUUGAGGGGGAUCAUCAUGGCCACAGUUUUGACAGCAACACAUUUGGACCGAGACCAGGCCAGAACAUACAGUGGUGUGUGAGAUGUAUUCACCGGAAGACCGUCAGGUCAUAUAUCACUAAGCAAAUAUUCUUGUUGGAUGUUUCAGGCAAUUGCUUUCGCUUUUGUCACUGCAGACUGCAGUGUUACCUUCACUUGAUGUAUGAUGCACCAAGAUGUGUGUGCUUGUUUGUGUGUGUGUGUAAGGAAGAAAAGUCUGUCCUUUUUUCACUUUAUGGCUUUUCAAGACAAUCUAUGCACCAUUUAGAUAUUUCUCAGAUUGUAGAUUGAUCCAUAGAGUCAACAUAAAAUAAAACUGACCCUAUUUACUUUAAUGCACAUUUCUGCUCUUAUCGUGAAUAAUUCAUCAGUGUAUGUUAUUAAAAACAUUACCUUUUGUAUUCUUUACUUAAAAUCUGAUAACUUGCUCUUCAUCUGGAUUGACUUUCCUUUUCCGCUGACAUCUCUUAAUGUUAACCAUUAACCAAGUAGCGAUUUAGGUAUUCUAGCAAACGUUCAUGUCUGGCUCCUUUCAGGUAUGUAACACCCAUUUUUCACCACCCAAACAAUUCUCGAUGUAUAAAAUUAGUCCCACCCUACAUUUUGUAAGUAAAAUUAGUUUCAAACAGCAAUUCACAUUGUCUUCAAUUCUGUAUAGACAUUAAAUUGCGUUGUUUGAAAUAUUUUAAUUCUGAAAUACUGACAUGACUCCAACAUUUGGCAAAGCACUGAUUGUGAGUCAGGUCACAAAAUCCUGACUGUUCUUGAGCCUAUAUAUUUUUUAUUUUGUUUCAUUUAUUUUUUGUCCACAAAACACUGUAAAAUGUCACACAUUUGAUUCAAUUCGGGCUUAAGCCUUCAAGACCGGCCUUAGUAAGGGUCUACUCAAAGAUCACAGACACCAGUGCUUGUACAUAAUGCUUUCAACUGAUACUAAGAUUUUGUCAUGCUGUUAAACCAAAUGAUCCAAAUGGUCCAUAUCAUCCCCCAUGGGUGAUUUCAUUAUCACCCCUUCAAAUUCUUCCAAACCCCGCAGAUAUUUACAAUAACCUCUAAAUCGAAAUGUUUGGGAGCUUGCUGGAAUCUCUCCCACAUCCCUCUAGCUAUGAAAUGCAACACGGUACUACUCUCUUCGAGCUAGAGAUAUAUUGCUUUGUAUUCAGUAAAUUAAAAGAGCAUCUGCAUGGGGCCUGGGUAGCUCAGCGAGUAAAGACGCUGACUACCACCCCUGGAGUUCGCGAGUUCGAAUCCCAGGGUGUGCUGAGUGACUCCAGCCAGGUCUCCUAAGCAACCAAAUUGGCCCAGUUGCUAGGGAGAGUAGAGUCACAUCGUGGUCGCUAUAAUGUGGUGCGCUCUCGGUGGGGUGCGUAGUGAGUUGUGUGUGGAUGCCACGGUGGCUGGCAUGAAGCCUCCACACGCGCUAUGUCUCCGUGGGAAUGCGCUUAACAAGCCACGUGAUAAGAUGUUCAGAUUGACGGUCUCAGACGCGGAGGCAACUGAGAUUCGUCCUCCGCCACCCAGAUUGAGGCGAGUCACUACACCACCACGAGGACUUAGAGCGCAUUGGGAAUUGGGCAUUCCAAAUUGGGGAGAAAAAAAAAAGAGCAUCUGCACUGUCUAAUUCUUCUUCCAGCUGGUAUGUGCUUAAGCAAAUUGACCCAGCACUGCAGUUCUGAACGUAGCUACAAUUUACAAUUCUGCAUUUGGCAGACGCUUUUAUCCGAAGUGACUUAGGCCAGAAACAUACUUUACACAAGUACUUAUGCACAAAAUUAACACUUUCAACAAUUGCUUUUGGCAAGAAAAUAAAACGGAAAUAUUCACCAGGUGGUAGGUAGCAUUAUUAGCAACUGCAUCAUUACAUGCUUUUCAUUAAACAGUGAACAACAAUCAGAGGCUUGUUUAAUAAAGUGACGUGCACAAUUCAAAUCAAACUGUCAACAUCUGCCGCUGCUCACGCAUCUACUGUAUAAACAUAUUUUACUUCAGUGCAAAAUUUACCGUCAGAUGUUUAUCCAUGAUGCCUAAAUGUUAUUUUUUUCCUGAAAUCCAUAAGAUACAUGUGAAAUUUUCCUCACAUUAAGCCACCAAAAGAAUAUGUGAAGAAAAAAAUCAACUGAAUUUGCUUUUAGAUGCGUUGUCUAUUUAAAGAGACUGUAACAAUUUAGCAUGUGUUCUGAGUAUCAAUGUAAAUAGAACAAUUUACAGUGUAUGCAUGUAAACAAUAAACAUGUAACAAAUAUAUAUGCAAAAUAACAAAUGCAGUUUUCAGACAUUUAUUGAUGCAAUAUAAUGACUUUAUAACCUUCACCACAGGUUAAGAGUCUGAGUGUCAUCCUUGAUAGCACCUUAUCCUUUGAAGCUCAUGUUAAUAAUAUAACUCGCUCUGCAUACUUUCAUUUACAUAAUAUUAAAUCGUUACUUCGUCCCUCACUCACAUUGAACAGUACUGCCAUUCAUUCAAGCACUGGUUACAUCAUGUAUUGAUUACUGCAGUGCUCUUCUCUCUGGUCUUCCUUCCAAACUUCAUAAACUUCAGCUUGUCCAGAACUCAGCUGCACGAAUCAUUUCUAGAACCCCCUCUAUUGAACACAUUUCACCUGUUCUUCAACAUUUGCAUUGGCUUCCGGUUAAGUACCGAAUUGAUUUCAAAAUCUUGCUUCUUACCUACAAGGCCUAAAACAAUCUUACUCCUUCAUACCUCUCUUAUCUUUUUCAUAUUUAUACACCUACUUGUACCCUCAGAUCUUCCUCGUCAGCUCUUCUUGUCAUACCACGUAUUCAUCUGAACACUAUGGGGUCUAGAGCCUUUAGUUAUACUGCUCCUCACUUAUGGAAUUCCCUUCCUCUGGACAUUCGUAACAGUGACAGUCUUCAUACUUUUAAAUCUCGUCUUAAAACUCACCUUUUUAAACAGGCUUUUUUAUGACUGUGCAUGCAUUGAGUUCAUAAUUUGUAUCUUCCAAUGUUUUAUUAUAUAUCAUAGUAUUGUUUGCUUAAUGUUGUUAUUGUUGAAGCUUUCAAGGAUGACUUUUUUGUGUUCUGUUUGUAAGGUGACCUUGUGUGUCGUGAAAGAUGCCUAUAAAUAAAAUGUAUUAUUAUUAUUAUAUGCAACCAAUUUGAUGAAAAAUGUAUAUUUUCAAAUUGUACCUAGAAGGGGUUAUCUAGAAGGUUAGAAGGUCCUUUCAUAAUUAACAGCAUGAGCUGAGAAAUAAUUUAUUUCAUAUUUAAGUUAAAUGGACAUUGUAACAAAUAGAGCUACUGUAUAUGAAUCCAUAUAGAAUAAAAUCGAAUUGAGAGAAUGUGAAUCAGAACCAAAUCAAAUCUGGAAAUACAUAACAAUACCAAGCCCUGAUUUUAAGUUAAAUUAAUCAGUGUAAAUAUCAGUUAGCAAGUUAAGACUUUCUAAAACUACCUGAGACCAAAAAAUGUCUCAGGAUAGACUGAACAACCUGGCACUCUUCUCAUUUCAGAAAUGUUAUGGUGACUUUGCCAACAAGAACUCAUAAAUGUAUGUAUGUUAAACAAACAUACAUUUAUAUAAUACAUAAUAAAUAAUUUUGUUAGUAGGGUUUGUUUUUUGUUUUGUUUUUUUAUAUAAUGUAUUGCUUGAUUAAAAUAAUAUUUACGUUUGAAAAUAAAAAGUUAUGAAUUAGUACUGUUAAAUAUCCAUCUAAAACGUUUAUACUGGAUAUUAUCCCCACUAUAAACUUGUACAGGGUCAGGGGGCCCUAAAAUAGUUUUGUACCCAGGGCCAAAAAUUUGGUGCUACGCCCCUGGCAGAGACACAAAUCUCGAAAAAUCUCCUUAAAAGUGGACAGUUCACUCUAAUGUCCAAUUUAGCGCCCCUUGCAGUAAUGUUGAGAAUGCAACAUGUGUUAUGAAUUGCAAUCUGACACAUUUUGGAACACAACAACACACUAAUCGAGUUUGAGCUAGAAGCACCUGCAUUCACAUAUUUUCGUAGAGUUGGUUUCAGCCUUUAGGGGCCAUUCAGGCCGAACAUGUCCUUACACUAAUAAAGCUUGCACAACAAAUAUAACAGAACACAGGUUUCUCAAGAUGCGUUUUUUAACUCAAAGUUUUUUAUAACUUGGUCAUGGCAUCUAAAUAACGGAGUGCUCCUGCUGGGAUGUGGAAAAAAUGGCGAGAUGUGGUGCAGCGGUCGUAGACAUUCGUUUAGCGCAUGUUUACAUAGAAAAACAAUUGAAAACCAGCCCAGACUGGACGCAAAAACGUGUUUGGUGUGAACGUCCCAUUUCACUGUACUGACAAGUAUACACUGAACAGUUUACAUGCUCCCUGGGAAUCAAACUCAUGAUCUUGGCAUUGCUAUCGCCAUGCUGUACCAGUUGAGCUACAAGAACAGGACCUCAACUGGUAGCUCAUCUCCAAACAAGAGCAAGAAUAUGUGAAAAGCCCAACGACUAUCUAUCAAAAAAUUUUCCCUCUACAUAUCAAUUAUUUAUUUAAUUUUAUGUAGUUUUUCAUGGUACUUAAAAUGGUUAAACUUUGUAGUACUAUACACCAAAGCAUGAUGAUUCUGAU